UAUAUCACUAUCUCUUUCUUAUUUCUCUAUCUUUUCUCUCUAUUAUUUUAUUUUGCUAUCUUUUCUAUCUUCUUUCCCUUCAUUAUUAUUAUUCUUAUUAUUGUUACUAGAUUUGUUUUUUUUUUUUACUAACCUUUUUUUUUCUUUUAUUGUUUCAGGUCCUUUCAAUUUUUUGUUUUUUUUUUUUCUUUCUUGUUUUAAUGUUGAACUCUUUUUUUUUACUAACGUGAUUUUUUUUUGUUUAGUUUAUUUUUCCACUAACGUUUUUGUUUUUUGUUUUUUUUUUGUUGUGGUGAAAAAAAAAAGUUAACAAAAACAAGUGUUGGUUUGUGGAGCUUUUGCAGUGAUGGAAGCUAAACUUGAUAAGCUAGAAGCCAAACUCGACGAGAUACAAUUUUCUGUUACACAAAUGUUGCUCAAGAGCUAUCAACAACAGUUUGAGUCACCUCAAUGUUAUCCACAAGAGAAUUUUGAAAAUAUUUGGUGUGACCCACCUUGCUAUCAUCCACAAGGGCAAUUCCAACAGUCUAUUUAUGCACCACCAUGCUACUACCUGCAAGAGGAAUUUCAAUAUCCUUUUCAUGAUCCACAUCAUUCACAAGAGGAAUUCCAUCAACCUUGGAAUGAUCCACCCCAAUUUUUGGAAGACCUUUCAAAGCAAUAUGAAGCAAACCAAGCCCAGUUUCAACAACCUCGACACGAGGAACCUUCCAUAUUGCAAGAAAUUCAAGACAUGUUGAACCAAAUGUCUGCAAAUCUCAAUGCAAAUGCUAAUCAACACCUGCAAGAUACUGCGAAUUUACAAGCUCCAGUUAACGAGCUAGUUGCACACGCUCCCACAUUGCAACAUGAAGCUGAUGCAGAGAUUGAUGAUGAAGUUAAUCCUUGUGUUGAUACUCAUCUUGAUGCUAGCACUGAUGGUUCUGGUGAUGUUAAUGAGUUUGAAGUUGAUGUUUCUUCUGAUGCUAAUUCUAAUGAUGAGGACAACAAACAAGAAAUAUAUCUCCCUCUUCCACAUAGAACUUUAUGAGAGUGAGAAGAUUUAUCCUAGUAAAGAAGAAAAUAAGUUGUUGGAUGAUUUCAAGAAGUGUUUUGCAGGGGAUGAAGUUAAGAAGAUGGAUGUAGAAUGUGGUUCUAAAUUAGCAAUUUUUCCACAUAAGCUGCUUUUAAUUAAUCUAGACAUUUUUGAAAAAGUCAUGCUUAUUGAAGACUCUGUUGAUUGCAAGCAAUCAAUUUCCAUAGAAGAAUAUGUUUUGAAACCUCUACCGAAGCCUCCAGACAAAGAGUUGAUUGUUGAAUGUACUGAUUUUUCAUUUACUCUUAUUUCAGGUGGUACACAUGCUUGG